AUGAAUAGGAUUUUUCAUCUUAUAUUUAAAGGUCUUCAAUGUUAUAAACAUGAUUAUUGUCUUAAUAAAUGUCCAGAAUUAUCAGAAAGUAUUGUUGAAUGUAAAAAAGAAGAAACUCAUUGUUGGAAAAUGACUUCUCCAUUAGGCACACUCCGUGGCUGUGGUAAUCAUCGAUGUGAAGUACAAAUUAAUCUUGGUGUUCUCAACACUGCUAAUGUCUGUUGUUCAGGAGAUCUCUGUAAUUCAUCUAUUCAAAUUAAACUAUCAACAAUAUCUAUUGUUUUUAUGAGUUUCAUUGCUUUUAUAUAUACAUGGUGUUUUCAAUGA